AUGGAGGGUGGCAGGAGAGCCCACAUUGGCCUCAUCAGCUGGGUAGGCACAACCCUCUGCUUGGCCUCCUACACAACUGCCUUCUCACAUGGCGCCAGCCUUUCUGCCUGCACUGACAUGAUGCCCAACCACCUGAGAGUGCAGCUGCACAGCCCCAGCAACAACUACAUUACUCUCCACACCAACAUGUCCUUCUACUCCCCAGGUGACAAGGUUCCAGUGACUGUGAGGAGCACUCGGGAUUUUAUGGGGUUUUUGCUUCAAGCUCGCACAGUGUCUAAUGACGAAAUAGUUGGCACAUUCGUCUUCAUCCCUCCUGGUUCCAAGCUGUUGAACUGUUUUGAAGAUGGUGACACUGUGACCCACUCAGACAAGUCACUGAAGAGAAAUUUGUCCUUUGUAUGGAAAGCACCAGACCAACCCAUUGGAGACAUCAAGUUUUUCAUUUCCAUAGUCCAGUCAUACUUUGUUUACUGGGCAAAGAUUGAAUCUGCUGUUGUGGCUCAGCGAGGGCAAACUGAAACUCUUGCUGGCAGCAGCAAAAAGCCUGAUCCUGUAACCCCCACAGCCUCGCAGGGACCAUCCGACCCCCACCACACAGGUCCCAUCUCUCCCGUGGCUGCCACCAUCCUCCUCCUGCACACCCCUGUGCCACCUGCCAGCCCCACCAGUGUCGCAGCAAGGCCAGCACUGGAGCCAGGUUUGGGUGUGGGGUCAGAUGCCCAUCCCGUUGCUGACCCAAAGCAGCUGGUCUGGCCCUCGUGGGCUGCAUCCAGUGGGAGCAGCAGGCCCAGCAGGCAGGGACUGGAGCCAUCCCUCCCCACCCGAGACCUCGGUACGACGGAUGCCCUGCAAAGUUCCCCCUCCCAGGAUGACACCCCCAGCUACAGCACCUCUGAUGGAGCAGAAGGCACUGCCAGCGCUGCCACCCCACGCUUGUGUUUGAUGUGUAAAGAAGAAGGGCAGGCCAGUCCUGAGAGAGGGGCCACCUUGGAAGCCUCCCUGGCUGUGACAGGGUCUCCUUCUGCCCCGCACGUACACACUCACCUGGGUGACGCCGCUGUGACAACAGCCUGGUUUCACGAGGCCGACGCUGCUGGCAACUUGUCGUCAGCUUCCAGGCAGAUGGCAGAGAGAAAGCCGGCACCGCAGCCAGCGGCGGCAGGCGCCAAGGGCGAGGAGGAGGCAGUGGCUGGAAAUACCCUGCCAGGGGUGACCAGACCAGCUCCUGAGUCUGCUGUUCCCGGGAAGGGGGAAGACCCUGGAAGAGGGACCCGACUCCUCGCAGCCCAACUCGGCAUCCUCCUGGUCUGCACAGCCGCCCUGGGCCUGGCGCUGGCAGCCGCCCGCUGCCUCUGCGCCCCGCGCUGCCAGAAGCGGGCGGAGGUGGCCUUCAGCCCGCCUGACCCCCGCCUCGCCACCCUGGAUAGCGGGGAGGGGAUGCGCUUCCACAGGAGCCGGGAGAACAGCUUCGUGCUGGUGCGAGCCGAGUACAACUGGGUCAGCCCCUCAAGCAGGGGGAAGAAGACAAUCAUCUGA